ACUGUCACAUCGCUGUCAACUGUCAAGUAACAAAAACAAUCGUCCCACGAUCUGUAAAUUACUUUAGCACCAAGUUGUAGAUGUUUUAUUUAUGUUUAAUUGUUAUUAAAUGUAGUUUCUUGUUUAUUUUGUGUAGACUGACAUAAAAGAUCAAGACAAUAUUAAAGUGAUUGUUUUAAAAUGUCAACAUUCACAGGUUUUAGUGAGGAAGAUUUAAAGCGAAUAAAAUCAGCGGAAUCUUUCAAGAGUAGCGGUAUAAUAGAUGCUGAUUUUGAUUUAAGUAAUGUACGUAAGAUCGAGAAAAUUGGUGCAAAACCGAAAAAAGGUAUAAUUAAAAACUUACCACCUAAGUUACGUAAACAAGAUUCAGAUGAUGCAAUAGACAAUAUAGAAUUUAGUAAAUGUAAAUUAAGUAUAAGGACACCAACAACACCUUCAGAACCUACUCUCAGUAAUAUUGAUGAUAAAGAAGAAAUGGUUGAAGAUAUAAAGAAUGAAAUAGAAGGAGAAAAUGGAGAAUCAAAUAGUUUAUCGGGAGAGGAGAUUGAAAACAGUUUGGAUAGAAGAGAUAGUAUUGUGACACCGGAUAUAGUGAGAGGUGUAGAGAAUUACUCGGAGGAUGAACUGGCAGCGCACAGAGUGAAGUUACAGGAGCUACAAUUGAAGCAGAAAUUGAUGGAAGAACAGAAUAAGAAGAGGAAAGAGAUGCUAUCGAAAGCGCUAGCUGACAGGACACGACAAACAGAAGAGGAAGUGUUACGACUGGAGAAAAUAAAAAAAGAGUUACAAGUAUUAGAUGGACAGUUCUCGCAUGAUGUAGCUUUGUUAAGAAAGAAGAUUGAUCAAGCCUGUUUGAGUUACUCUGAAGCAGAAAAACAAUAUUUAAAAGUGGAAAAGGAGUUUCUUCAGGCGAAAAUUAAUUUGCAAAAGGAAAAAGAAAAGAAAGAGUUACUUACAGAACAUUUGUGUGCUUUGAUUACACACAAUGAAACGAGAAAAGCUCAGAAAUUAGAAACUUUGAUGUUGGAACUUGCAACGGAUAAGAAAAUUAUUGUCAGUGAGACUGAACCGAAUAUAGAACAACAAAUAGAAGAUAAAAAACCUGUUAUUGUCGAUGGUAUUGAUGAAAGAAAUGGUAAAAUGGUUGAAAUACCAAACGAUAGUUGAUUUUAAAAUAAAAUUUUAUUUAUAACAAACUCUCUAAUGUUAGUGUCGUCUAUUUCUUAAUGUUGCCAGUAUCAUAUAAUUACUAAAAAACUCCCAAAUAUAUUGGUGCAAUUAUUUAAAAAGUUUAUUUAUGUGCCUUAUUAAUAU